CGGUGGCGGCGCCCGAAGGGCGGAGGAGGAACCGCCACCGCCCCUGCAAGCAGUUCUGGUGGCGGAUAGCUUCGACCGCCGCUUCUUUCCUAUCUCCAAGGACCAGCCUCGGGUCCUCUUGCCGCUGGCCAACGUAGCACUAAUUGACUACACUUUGGAAUUUCUCACUGCCACAGGUGUACAGGAAACCUUUGUGUUUUGUUGCUGGAAGGCUGCUCAAAUCAAGGAACAUAUACUGAAGUCAAAGUGGUGCCGCCCUACGUCCCUCAAUGUAGUUCGAAUAAUUACGUCAGAGCUAUAUCGAUCCCUGGGGGAUGUUCUCCGUGAUGUUGAUGCCAAGGCCUUGGUGCGCUCUGACUUCCUUCUGGUAUAUGGGGAUGUCAUCUCAAACAUCAAUAUUACCAGAGCCUUGGAGGAGCACAGGUUGAGGCGAAAGCUAGAAAAAAAUGUAUCUGUGAUGACAAUGAUCUUCAAAGAGUCAUCCCCCAGUCACCCAACUCGUUGCCGUGAGGACAAUGUGGUAGUGGCUAUGGAUAGUGCCACAAACCGGGUUCUCCAUUUUCAGAAGACCCAAGGCCUUCGACGUUUUUCUUUUCCUCUGAGCUUGUUCCAGGGCAGUGGAGAUGGAGUGGAGAUUCGCUAUGAUUUACUGGAUUGUCAUAUCAGCAUCUGCUCUCCUCAGGUGGCUCAACUCUUCACAGACAACUUUGACUACCAAACUCGGGACGACUUUGUGCGAGGCCUGUUAGUGAAUGAGGAGAUUCUAGGGAACCAGAUCCACAUGCAUGUGACAACUAGGGAAUAUGGUGCCCGGGUCUCCAACCUACACAUGUAUGCAGCUGUCUGCGCUGAUGUCAUCCGCCGAUGGGUCUACCCUCUCACCCCAGAGGCAAACUUCACUGACAACACAGCCCAGAACUGCACUCAUUCCCGGCACAACAUCUACCGAGGGCCUGAGGUCAGCCUGGGCCAUGGCAGCAUCCUGGAGGAAAAUGUACUCCUGGGCUCUGGCACUGUCAUUGGCAGCAAUUGCUUCAUCACCAACAGUGUCAUUGGCCCUGGCUGUCACAUUGGUGAUAAUGUGAUACUGGACCAGGCCUACCUGUGGCAGGGUGUUCGAGUGGCUGCUGGAGCACAGAUCUAUCAGUCCCUGCUUUGUGACAAUGCUGAGGUCAAGAAACAAGUUACACUGAACCCACACUGUGUCCUCACUUCCCAGGUGGUAGUGGGCCCAGACAUCAUACUGCCUGAGGGCUCGGUGAUCUCUUUGCACCCUCCAGAUGCAGAGGAAGAUGAGGAUGAUAGCCAGUUCAGUGAUGAUUCUGGGGCUGACCAAGAAAAGGAGAAAAUGAAGCUGAAAGGUUAUAAUCCAAAAGAAGUCGGAGUUGCAGGGCAGGGCUACCUCUGGAAACCUGCAGACAUGAACAUGGAAGAAGGGGAGGAACUACGGCAAAAUUUGUGGGGACUCAUAAUCAACACGGAAGAAGAGAGUGAAACUGAAAGUGAGCGAAGUAUGGAUUCAGAGGAGAUAGAUAGCCGGGCAGGCUCCCCACAGAUGGAUGACAUCAAAGUGUUCCAGAAUGAAGUCCUGGGAACACUACAGCGGGGCAAGGAGGAGAACAUUUCUUGUGACAAUCUAGUCCUAGAGAUCAACUCUCUCAAGUACGCCUACAACAUAAGCCUAAAGGAAGUGAUGCAGGUACUGAGCCACGUGGUCCUGGAGUUCCCCCUGCAACAAAUGGAUUCCCCUCUGGACCCAAACCGCUACUGUGCCCUCCUGCUUCCCCUGCUCAAGGCCUGGAGCCCUGUUUAUAGGAACUACAUAAAGCGUGCAGCUGAUCAUUUGGAGGCACUGGCAGCCAUUGAGGACUUCUUCCUGGAGCAUGAAGCUCUUGGUACUUCCAUGGCCAAGGUACUGAUGGCUUUUUACCAGCUGGAGAUCCUGGCUGAGGAAACAAUCCUGAGCUGGUACAACCAAAAGGAUAUAACUGACAAGGGCCGGCAGUUGCGCAAGAACCACCAGCUGCAGAGGUUCAUCCAGUGGUUACAAGAGGCAGAAGAGGAGUCAUCUGAAGAUGACUGAAGUCACACUGCCUGCUCCUGUGGGGGUGGUUGAAGGCCCUCCUGGCCUCUGGGCCAGGGCAAGUGAGAGGCUAGUUUCAGAAUAUAAGUGACCACCAAACUGACUGAUACUUAAAGGAGCAGAGGCAUGAACUACAAUAUUCUUCCCACUGCCAGCAGCCAUGUGCCUCACAUCCUGACUGGAGAGUUGGGAUGAGGGAAAUUGGGCUAGAACAAAGCUCUGCCUAAGGAGGAGCUAAGCAAGCCCUAUAUUUAGAGGAAGGCCAGAGGCACAGCUUUGUGCUUUGGCUUUCCCUCAGGAAACAGCAGAGAGCAGCUGGCCCUCUCUGUUGCUUGUAUUUGUUAAUAUUAAAAAAGAGAAAAUGAAUAUAUUUGGUUUCUAUCCAACUCUGACUGAUCAGCUAUUGAAGUAGGUGACCAAAGAGUUCUGAACCUUUGACAUGACAAAUAGCCUUUCCUUAAUACCUGGGGGAGCGGGUGAAAACGGGUUUAUGGCCACUAGGUGGUACUGUGGUGCCUUGAUAAUUGACCGUUUCCAUGGCUCAAGGGUUAUGGAGGACCUAGUUUCUUUUCUAGCCUCUGUGGUCCUUGAGUAGUAUGCCUGAGCCUGUUUCCAGAGAGCGUCCCAGUCCAAGCUCUUUUCUGCCAGAGAGUGAUGAUGCCAAGCAUGUGUAGAGUCCAUUAACCACCUGCCAGUCCCUCAUGCUUUGUCCAGUUGAUCCAGUACUACUGUCAGGGGAGCUGGGCUACGCUUCAUCGUAAGGAAAUUUGCUCAAGGUCUCUUUACUCUUGAGGGCUAAAGCUAAGGAUUUGAGCCUCAUAAUCUAAAAUUCUUUCUGCUUCAGCAGAUUUAGUGUCUAAGUGAAGGGAAAUUGCCCACAGAGGCUAAUAUAACCCCAAGCCAGCAUGGGUAUCUUGAAAACAGGAAGAUCUUGCAAAAUAGGUUUUCCCCUAAUAUUGAGAGUGUUUACUAUAUAAUAGGCAUUUUGCUAAAAACUUUUCAUGUGUUACUUUAGUUAACCUUUCACCUCAGCCCUGUGAUGUAGCCUUAUCCCCAUUUUCAGAUGAGCCUUAAGUUCAGAGAGGUCCUGUAACUGGAAGAGCCAGGAUUUGUUACUGGACUUGAACUGGAGUUUGUCACUGCUGUACUGUCUCCUUUAACCUCAAUCAUGUGCCCUUCUAUCUCAUCAUUUUGAGCUCUUUGUUGCCCUCAUAUAACUAUUGACACUUAAAUUGUGGCAAAUGUUACUGGUAACAAGUGGCCCUCCUGGAAAUUACAGGUAAAACGGUUGCCUCCCACCCUACCCAGUUUGUCUCAGUGGUUAGAUUGUCAGCCCAUGGACUGAAAGAUCCCAGUUUCGAUUCCAGUCAAGGGC